UUCAACCUGAUGCCCCAGUACUUUGUGAAUGUCUCAUCGAGGCCCCUGCUGCACACUGUGGGCCAGUCACCUGUGCUCAUCCUGGGUGGCAUUCCCAAUGAGAAGCAUGUCCUGAUGACCGACUCCUACUUCAAGGACUUCUCUCUUGUGGAGUUGAGCAUUGACAGUUGCUGGGUAGGCUCCUUCUACUGCCCCCAGACCGUGUUCACGGCCACCAUCUACGACGCCAUCGCCACCGAGAGCACCCUCUUCAUCCGGCAGAACCAGCUCGUCUACUAUUUCACAGGCUCCUACCCCAUCCUGCACGAGAGCGACCGCAGCAGCGGCAGGUGGGUUCGUGUCCUGGCCACUGAGUGUAUCAAGAUGCUAUGCCCGGCGCAUUUCCAUGGCAACGGCUCUGAGUACAUCAUGGCUCUCACCACCGGCAAGCACGAGGGUUAUGUCCACUUUGGGACCAUCACAGAUGGCCAGGUUUCCUUCGAGAUGCUCCCCAGGCAACAGUCCGUGUGUGAACAGAUAGGAGUUGACAAGUGCUCCAUCAUCUGGGCCGAGUACCUCCCAAGCGGCCGUCAACUCCUGCUGCUGGUGGAGCAUAAGCACCCCACCGCCGUGAAUUACUGCCAGGUGGUCAGAUACAACAUCGCGAAAGAUGACCUGGAGAUCCUCUACACCAUUCCAGCAUUUGUCCCUGAAGCUGGAGGCCUGGCGUUCCUGAUGAUCCUAGGGACAGAGUCAUACACCAACACCUCGAUGGCACCCAAGGGCAUGUCCUAUAACCCGUACAACAACCUGCUGUUCAUCUGGGGCAACUUCCUCCUGCAAAGCUCCAACAAGCAAAACUUCAUCUACCUGGCAGACUUCCCCAAGGAACAGUCCAUCAAAUACCUGGUCAGGUCGUUUCGUGGGGACAUGGCUAUUGUCACAGAGACCGAGGAGAUCUGGUACCACGUGGAGGGCACCUACCACGUGUACAGGCUGUCCCCGUCCCAGGGCUGGGAGGCCCACGUCAGCCUGCAGGUGAUGCAUCAGUCCCCCUUCUACGCAUCCAGCGAAACCAUGGUGACCCUCUUCUACGAAGGCCGCAAACUGUACCAGCUGGUGUACCUAAUAAACGACCAGCAGGGCCACCUGGUCAAGAGGCCUGUGCCUGUGGAAGAGAUUUUGGUGUUUCAGCAACACAAGCAGUACCAAUUGGAGAUGCAGGGGGGAGACCCAGUCAUCCCCAGUGACAACCUCAGGGCCGAUUACUACUUCUACCUGGCCAGCAACUGGCAGAGCGCGGGCGGCGUGCACAUCGACAUGGCAAGCUACGGAAAGAUCUACGACCUGGAGGCCGAGUUCGAGCUGCCCGAGCGCAUUUUCCUGGACAAGGGCACGCAGUACAGCUUCUCCGUCUUCCUGUCCGGGCAGGGGAGCUCGCUCCGGAAGCAGGGAGACCUCGGCACCAUCUUCCAGCUGCAGAGCCAGGUGGCCGUGGGCGUGGAGCUGGCCGACCCGACCUGCAUCGAGGCCUCGGUGGAGCAGAAGAUCCUGAUUAAUCGCCGCUCGGUGCUGUUCUCGAUCACACUCAAGGACAGAGAGUUUUGCUAUGACCAAGGCAUCAGUGGACAUCACCUCAGGAAGACGUCCGUCAUGGUCAACGUGGUGGGUUCUUCGGGAUACUGCUUCCAGAACACACACCAGGGACCCCGUUUGCAAGGCAACCUGGUGGUGCCAGUGCUUAUCGGCUGCCCCCCGGGCAAGCGCCUGGCCUUCGACAUCACCUACACGCUGGAGUACAACCGCCUGCAGAACAAACACUACUUCGACUGCGUGCACGUGGACGUCGAGAUGCCCUGCUUUCUCUUCCGCGACGUUUUCUACCCUUUCUUCUUAAUUCAAGAUUUGGUGACGGGAGACUCGGGCAGUUUUCAGGGCAGCUACGUGUUGAAGGUGGUGGGCGGCGGGCCCACGCCGAGCGGCCUCAGGGACUACAGCGAGGAGGAGAUCUACCGCUUCAACAGCCCCCUGGACAGGACCCACAGCCGCAUCUGGACCACGAGUACCGAAACGACCACCGAAGACCUGGCCUUCCACAUCCUGUCCCACAGGAGCUCGGGCAUCCAGUGGCUGUGUCUGGAGAACUCUCCAUGCUAUGACACCAUUCCCCAGAGUAUCUCCGCCCCCGAAUUCUUCUUCAAGGUAUUGGUGAGCAAUAGAGCUGUGGACAACAGCACAUACUGCGACUACCAGCUCACCUUCUUGCUGCACAUCCACGGGCUCCCGCUCAGCGCCAAGCGGGCCGUCUUCAUCUUUGUGGUGUCAGCCAGUGUGUUUCUGGGCCUGGUGGUCCUCUACAUCAUCAUCUGCUUCCUGUGGCCCCUGAUGGUGAAGGGUUGCAACCUCCUCUGCUGGAAGGUCAACAACCUCAUUGUCUCAGAAUCCUACUACACCUAUGUCUCCUCCUCCGGAAUGUUGAGUGCGUCGUCUCGGAGACCAUCCAUGGUCAGCUCCUCCAUCAGCACCAGGGUGGAAGAGGACAAGGCUGAACGCUCGCAAACCUUGGGGCGACCGUCACUGACCUGAGCCUCCUGCCUGUCCCUACCCACCCUCAGGCAUCCCCUUCCAGGCCCAUCUUGGAAAGGCAGUCUGUCAGCCUGGAGCCCGGGCCUUCCUACUUUGCCUGAAUGUUUGCUUCUCCUUCAGACCCAAAUAAAGCCUCAUUUCAGGCCCAGAUCUUCUUAAGGGCUCGUGUUCACCUGG